AUGACAUCAUUUUCAAAUGAAGGUGAAUUUAGUGUAAUAGAUUCCAGAAAGAAUACUGUGUUGAAGGAUUUUGAGUAUGAUUUAAACGAUUUUAAUUUAAAUGAUUUUUACAAGUCUGUUAAGAAUAAUAAACACAAGAAUUCAAGAAAUGACAACUCAAAUUCUAAUAAAAACAAGCUGGAAAACACCUUGUUCGAAAAUGGCAACCCUGUUGACGAACGAUCGAAACUUUUGCUCUCAUAUAAGAGAAGUAGGUUGCUCAAUAGAAUCGGGAGCUACAAGGCAACAUAUCCUUCAAAGAUGGGAAUAGUGGAGUAUCUAUUGCACUCAUAUGUGGUUCUCUUUACACCAAACCCUGUCACAAUAUACAGCUACGACGCUGUAUUCAAAAACUUGUCACCAGAAACGGAAGAGUUCUGGAAUACCAUACGUACACUGACACGCGUUCAACUCGAAGUUGAUAAGUUCCCAAACGAUGUGCCUAGCCACGUGUCAGUUCUAUUAGAAUCCAAGGAGAGCGGCCAGGCAUUUGAUACCAUAGAUAACAGCGACUCAAUGAAGCUGGACGCACACUUCACUUGGCUAUGCAAAUGCUGCAUCAAUGUCACUGGCUCGAAGAGCGACGACCUCUAUGAUGACCUAACUGAACCGAAUAACGAAAAGAAAGCUGCUCAGGAGGGAGUCAAGACGCGAUCGAGCAAGAGAGUGAACAAUAAAAUCAUGUUAAACAAAGUUUUCGGCAAAAAUUAUGACCUUUCUUCUGACGUGCUCUACGAGGCGCUACGCCAGCGCGGAAACAGAUACGUUCAGAGGAGCUUAUACAACAACGUCAAAAAUAUGAGCAGCGUCACUACGAGGGGCAUGAACCCGAACCUGGCUGCGAAACUCAACGAAUCGAACGGGAGGGUAAAGCGAUUCAUGGAUAUAAUUCAGCAAUCUUCCUUGGAUUCAUCUGACCCAUCAACGUAUAGCAACUACGACAUAUACGGAGACGAGCGAAGGCAUUCCUCCAGAAGAUCGAUGAUGUUGAGGAAGAAAUACUCUUAA